CUUUGUUUCACUUCCACUCUUUUCACACUCUCUGCCCUCUUUCAAACUCUUCUAUCCACUGGAGCGCAGCCUCUUCUCUGCUGCCAGCCUUUCAUCUAUCACAUAAGCUAUCAACAGCUUACACUUAUUAAGGAGCAAUGUCAUCCGGGUUAACCUGUAGCCCCUUGAGAUAUAACAUGGGCUUACCUGCAAGAGGGCUAGGAUCGCAUAAGAAACAGUUCAUGUUUAUGCCUAGUUUUGGGUCAUCUGCAAAUCUUCUCUUUUUGAAAAGAAAUGGUUUGGCUGCAUCAACUUGGAGAUAUAAACAGAGAGUGGGUUCUGUUAAGUGCGCAAUGGAUGCUACCUUUGGAGAUUCUAGCAAUGAAUCAACCGUUAUAUUUCCUAGAAUUAAUGUCAAGGAUCCUUACAAGCGACUAGGUAUCAGUAAGGAAGCUUCAGAAGAUGAAAUUCAAUCUGCUCGGAACUUCCUAAUGCAAACCUAUGGAGGACAUAAAGCCAGUGUGGAUGCAAUUGAAGAAGCACAUGAUAAAAUCAUUAUGCAAAAAUUUUACGAAAGGAAGAACCCUAAGAUCAACGUCAAGAAAAAGGUCAGGGAAGUAACGCAGCAUAAAUAUGUCCAGGCUUUCACAAGCAGGUUUAGAACCCCAUCCACAAAGGUCAUUGUAAAAACUUCCAUAGCUUUCUUGGUACUUGGAGUGCUAACUGUACUCUUUCCAACGGAAGAAGGCCCGACACUUCAAGUUGCUAUCUCUCUGAUACUCACAAUGUACUUCAUUCAUGAUCGCCUCAAGACCAAACUGCGUGCUUUUCUCUAUGGGGCUGGGAGUUUUGCUUUUUCGUGGCUUCUAGGAACUUUCUUGAUGGUCUCUGUGAUGCCACCAAUACUCAAAGGGCCAACAAGCUUGGAAGUGACGACGUCAUUGAUAAGCUACAUUCUCCUUUGGGUUUCAUCUACUUACCUUCGAUGAUCGCCUCUUUUAUACAUAACCAAAGUUUUCCAGAUUCAUGGUAGGUUCUUGCAGUAAUGCAAGAAUUGAUGUGGUCGCAGUUGCUAUUCUUACGGUUACAGAAUGUCAGUACAGAUUCAUGGUUAGAUUUGCCUGCAAUUUAUUUGAAUUUAUCACGUCGCGAGGGCAAUUUUCCAUAGAUGAGGCUAGAAGUUUGUUGAGUUUUGUUACAUGAAAACCUUGAGACUGGUUUAUGUAUUAAUCUUACUUAAUAGAGUUGCUAUAUCACCAAAGGGAUGAUUUACUGUUU